AUCCGCCACUCCAACUUUUUGUCACUUUUGAAUACUAGUACGUAUUUGAUUGACCAUGCUUCGCCACCUGCAGCGCGUCGCCACCACCGUGUGUGGCCCUACGAUCUCCAAGCGCUCCAUCACGAGCCGUGGCUUCAAGAACGCCGAAGGGCAUCUGUUCUCCAUGACCAAGAUUGUGGGCACCAUCGGUCCCGUUUCCGAAGAUGCCAAGACCACCCAGGAGCUCGUCGACGCCGGGCUUAAGAUUGCCCGCAUCAACUUUUCCCACGCCACGUACGAAGAAGCCGAGCUCCGCACGGUGAACCUGCGCGCGGCUCGCGGUGUGCACGGCGCUCACGGCAGCGAUUUCAACCUCCGCUCCGUCUUGCUGGACACCCAAGGCCCCGAAAUCCGCGGCGGCAGCUUCGCCGACGGCAACAAAGUGACUUUGACCAAGGGCGACGCCAUUACGAUCACCACGGACGAGCGUUUCAAAAAGAACAGCACCAAAGAAUUGCUGUACGUAACGUACGCCAAGUUGGCCGAGACUGUGUCGACGGGAAGCACGAUCUUGCUGGACGAUGGGUUGAUUUCGCUCACGGUGGAAUCCAUCGAGAACGGCCAGGUGCACUGCCGCGUGGAAAACACCGAAGUGCUGGGCAACCGCAAGGGCGUAAACCUUCCGGGGCUGGUCGUGGACUUGCCCGCGUUGACUGAGAAGGACAAGCAAGACGUUGAGUUUGGCAUCAAGCACGACAUGGACUUCAUCGCGGUGUCAUUCGUGCGAUCGGCGGCCGACAUUGAAGCGGUCCAGUCGUUUGUGAAGGCGACGAUGGCCAAGUACUGGCCCGCCGACCACCCGUCCCCCAAGCUGAUUGCCAAGAUCGAAAACCACCAAGGCGUGACCAACUUUGACGAAAUUCUGGCCGUCGCCGACGGCAUCAUGGUGGCCCGAGGUGAUUUGGGCGUCGAAAUUCCCCUCGCCCAAGUGUUUACGUGCCAGAAGAUGAUGGUGUCCAAGUCCAACGCGGUCGGCAAACCCGUCAUCGUGGCCACGCAAAUGCUCGACAGCAUGAUCCGCAACCCCCGCCCCACCCGCUCCGAGGUCGUCCUUACCUCCAUUUCAAGUCCAUUUCGGAAUGCAUGUCCUUCAACCUGCUGAAUGUUGGUUCUGGCGACGCGAGUUUUGACUCGGAAUGCAUGUCCGGCAAGGUUUUGGGUUUUUUUGGUGAUUUUUGGUGAUUUUGUCGCGGUUUUUUGGAAAUUUUGCGACGCGAGUUUUGACUUGGAAACUGCGGAAUGCAUGUCCUGCACCCUUGAUUUUGGGUUUUUUUGGUGCUUUUGUCGCAUUUUUUUUGGAAAUUUCUUACUGAAUAAAUGACCUGAUUUGUUUCAAGUAGAUUUUGGACGUGGGCAAUGCCGUGGUGGACGGCGCGGACUGUGUCAUGUUGAGUGGCGAAGUCGCGCAGGGCAAGUACCCGGUCGAGUCGGUGUCGACGAUGCUGUCGAUCAUCAAGGAAGGCGAGUCGUUCGUGGCGCGGUUCCCCAUCUCCCCGUCCAUCGUGACCGGCCGCGACUCGCUCGCCAGCGCCGCCGUCAACGUCGCGUACGAACUCAAGGCCAAGCUCAUCGUGGCGCUCACGAAGGACGGCAACCUCGCGCGCGACGUGGCCAAGUUCAAGCCCAGUGUGCCCGUGAUGAGUUAUACUCCUAGCCGCAAGGUCGGGCGCCAACUGCAGUUGCAUCGCGGUUUGUACCCGGUGGUGUCUGAAUCCAUGACGCUCGAAGAAGCGAUGGACGACGCUGUCAAGAUGGGCUGGACCAAGAAGGGCGACAAGGUCGUGGUGCUGUCCAACGAUGACGAAGACACGCCCCAGCAGUUCACCAUGCGGAUAGAGACGGUCGCGUAGAGACAGACGACAUGACUCGAACCAUCAUCAUCGUGUGCAUACAGCAGCCAACAACAGGCGGUUCAGUUCAGCUCUGGACUCGUUAGUACUAGUACUACAGUAUAAUAGUACCUGUUGGUGGGACGAAUAAAGUACUAGUAAUACUAGCGACACUACUGUA